GAUCUGCUGAGUGGACUAAAGAUGGGGGAGCAAGGUGGUUGGCUGGAGGCUAACAGAGGAGACUGGACGGCCAUCUUGGAUACCCAGACCAGUGCAGCCAAGGGCCCAGGGGACAACAUCAUUGAGCAGGCCAGGACCAMAUGCGACAUAGUGGGGGUCAAUGGAUGGAACAGCAUCCUAAACUCUGGGCUGGGGAACAACGCUGUUAACCACAACCAGAAACAGACGGUCGAAUACAAAACAACAGCUGAACUUAGUCUUCAUGACAACAGACUGGCUGAGACCAGGGCGAGGCGUAGAUUUGGCCAGCGUGGACGGGGAGGUGUCUGUAUGAGAACAGCCACAGACUCUGCUAGCGAUGCUCCAUCCUGCUCCUAUAGUUGUGAUUCAGAGAGACUGAUGGCGCCUCAGGUUAACCCCCUAACAGGUGCUGCCUUCAGCCUGCCUUCUAUAGGAUCUAUCAACUGGAACAUGGACCCUGCAACAACACAGACACUSCCUGYCCUUCGUCCUCCUCACAAUCUCCUUAUAUUAAACCAAACCUCAGACAAUGCCAGUGCCUCAACACUAAAUAGCUACACAAGCCCAUUGACAAAUGACAGUAGUAGAGAUGGAAUCAGUAAAGGUGGCAUCGCCAAAGAGAAGCGUUUCCCGUGUUCGUUUUGUGGGAAAGCCUUCAGUUUCCCCAAACAGGUGGAGAUCCACCAGAGGAUGCACACGGGGGAGAAACCAUUCGGAUGCCACCUGUGCUGGGCCAGUUUUUCACACUCGUUCAGCCUGAAGAGGCACCAGAGGGURCACACGGGGGAGAAACCAUUCAAUUGCCACCUGUGCCGGGCCAGUUUUUCACACUUGUUCAACCUGAAGAGGCACCAGAGUGUCCACACAGGGGAGAAAACCUGAAGCUGCCCCAGUGUGAGAAGAGGUUCUCCCACCAGCAUCAGCUGAAGAUGCUCCUGAAGUUCCACAUGGGAGAGAGGCCGUUCGCCUGUACACACUGCGGGAAGAGGUUCUCAGAGAGGAGAUACCUCAGGAUACACCAGCAGAAAACAUGGUCCAUGUAUAGAGUAUAGUAACAUGUAGUACUAGUUAGUGUGUUUGUAGUUAAUUCUGUUGCUUUUGGAUUUAGUAGGGAARUGGACGAGGUGAACUCCACCCAGCACAGCCAGAAGAGGAUUGAGUUUUUCCUAGCCACCGUGCUUCUACAUCUGCAUUGCUUGCUGUUUGGGGUUUUAAUCUGGGUUUCUGCUGAUGUAUAAAGGGCUUUAUGAAUGCAUUUGAUUGAAAUUUGAUUGAACUGYGGAAAGAAUGAGUAUGAUGAMGCAGAGUAGAUGAUAUGGUGUCUAGUAAAAAUGCUUCACUAAUGAAGAAUGACAAAUUUAGUCCCUUUAGGUUGAUACUGGUGGUGUUAUAGUGUGAUCAGGAUGGUGCCUUGUAAUGUUAAACCUUUUCCGAKGUAUUCUAAAAUUCAUUUUAUCAAAGUAAGGGUUCCAGAUUUACAGAAAAGGUAAAAUGGUACCAUUGUGAGAAAAGUUAAUCUACUUGUAUCGUUUUGUGCAAUAAAAGUACUGUACGUAAAAGUUA